AUGAUAGCGAACCGCAUAUCGUACUGGCUAAAUCUAAGAGGACCUUCGCACACGGUAGAAGCUUCCUGUUGUAGUUCACUGGUGGCGCUGCAGUUGGGCCGUGAUGCCAUCGCUCGCGGCUAUUGCGAUGCCGCCAUUAUUGGAGGCUCUCGGAUAAUGCUGCAACCACAGCAUUAUAUUAAUUAUAAUAGGAUGGUCCCUAUAAGCUUCGAUGGUAAGACUAAGUGCUACGAUAUGGAUGCUGACGGUCACAUUUUGGCUGAAGCUAUCACCGUACUGUUCUUGCAGAAGUAUGAAGAUGCAAAGAGAAUCUACGCAGAGAUUUACCACAUGAAAUCAAACUUUUCUUACGAUAACUUCGGAAAAUACAGGGACCAUGCGAAAUGGUCUAAACAUUUGGAAAAGUUUUACGAAGAAGCUGGAGUAUCACCAUCGUCAGUGGAGUACGUCGAGGGGUGCGGAGCAGCUGACCCUAAGGCGGACAGAGCGGAAUUGCAAGCUUUGGAAGAAGUGCUCUGCAAGGACCGCAAGAAGCCACUUCUCGUUGGUAGUGUUACAUCCAACAUAGGCUCUACUGGUGAAACAUCGGGAUUGUGCGGGCUCAUCAAACUGCUACUGGCUUACCACAGAGGAGAGCUAGCAGCGAACCUGCACUGCGACAAUCCACGCAAGGACGUGCCAGCUCUGCAAGAUGGCCGCAUGCAGAUUGUGACAGAACACGCCCCAUUCGCUCGGACAUACACUGCUCUCAAUAACUUCGCCAUCACCGGCAUGAAUUCACACUUGUUACUCAAAGGACAUUACAAGGAGAAGGGAAGACAAGAGUCAGGAGUACAGAAAAUACUUGAUCAUAUAAAGUCGAAGGAACUGGAUCCCGAGGAAAUAGCUCUGCACCAUGGAAUGUAUAAAACAAAAAUAUUGAAUCAUAUGGCUCGAGGGUUCGGGAUAUAUGAAACUGUAAACAAUAAAACCGUGACACGUAGUGAGAAGAAACGAUACUAUGACUCCGCAGCCCGACCGUUGUGGUUCGUGUACAGCGGUAUGGGCUCCCAGUGGGCCGGUAUGGGUGAACAACUCAUGCGCAUACCGAUAUUCGCAGCCGCUAUCGAGAGAUGCGACAGAGUACUGAAGCCGAAAGGCUUGGACAUCGUGGACAUUAUCAGCAACCCGGACAAGUCCAUGUUCGACAAUAUACUGAACAGCUUCGUCGGUAUCGCGGCCAUACAGAUCGGGCUCACCGACGUCUUGCGGGCUGUUGGCCUGGUACCCGACAAUGUCAUCGGGCACAGUGUUGGAGAAUUAGGCUGUGCCUAUGCAGACGAUUGUCUUACCGAUGAAGAGAUGAUUUCACUGUCCUACAGUAGAGGAAUAGUUUCCACGACAAUGGAAUUUGUCAGAGGUUCUAUGGCCGCUGUAGGGAUUGGAUUCAAACAGAUGUCAAAAAUAUGUCCUCCCGAUAUCGAUGUAGCUUGUCAUAACGGCCCAGGAUCCUGUACUAUCUCCGGACCAGAGGAGAUCGUGUGCAAAUUUGUUAACGAGCUUACUGGGCAAGGACCCGAACUACUAAAAAUGUGUAAAGAAUUGAUUAAAGAACCCAAGCUCCGGAGUAAGCGCUGGAUAUCAACAUCUGUAGAGCAAAGUCGUUGGGAUGAAUACGAAGCUCAGUAUUCGACAGCAGCGUAUCACGUUAAUAAUAUGAUGAGUCCGGUUCUAUUCGAGGAGGGAUUGAGACAUGUCCCGAAUGACGCAGUGCUGAUAGAGAUAGCACCACAUGGUCUGAUGCAGGCUAUUCUGAAACGAUCUUUGGCUUCGACUUGCACUAACGUGGCUCUCACUAGUCGUGAUCAUCCAGAUAAUGUGUUGUUUCUUCUUGAAGCUUUAGGGGAGCUCUACAUGGACGGUUUCGAUAUAGACAUCAGCGUCUUAUAUCCAAAAAUAGAAUUCCCGGUGUCCACAAAAACGAACAUGUUGUCUCAUUUAGUGGAAUGGGUACAUACAGAACAAUGGUAUUUAACUACUUUUGAGCACACACAAAGGCAGUAUAUGGCGGUUUACGAGCCGUUGGUUACAAAGUAUGAGGAAGAGUACACAUUCUUAGAAGGAGCCGUAAUUGAAGGUACCAAGGUGUUCCCGCUAGCUCAGGCACUAAUAUUUGUAUGGGACACGCUCUCCAUGAUCACAGAGAAGCCUGUGCGAGAAACGUCGGUAAACUUCCAUAAAAUAGUGUACCACAAACAACCAGUGUGGCGCGACAGCCAAGUGUUCAAACUUGUGGUCAUGCUGCACAGGGGCAGCGGACUAUUUGAGGUUACUCUUAACGAUAUACUAAUUGUGGAAGGAGUAAUACAAGCGUUCAAAUUCGGCAAUGAGUUACCCAUAGUCGAUAAAAACGUUGAGACAAGGCUGGACAGCAAUGAUGUGUACAAACUACUAUUUGAAAAAGGAUAUGAAUACAGAAAUGACUUCCGAACCAUUUAUAAUUCAAAUCAUACGUUUACGAGAGCCCAAUUAGUUUGGCGAAACAAUUGGGUGACAUUCAUUGAUGGAGCCGUUCAAUUAUACACCUUAAAACAUGGCCAUGAGGGUGUUUCUCAACCACAUUACAUCAAUAGCAUCUGCAUUGAUUUACGUUCUCAUGAAUUUGCUUUAACAAACGCUGAAAACUACGAGAGUGACAAACUGCUUGAUGCUAUUGUUAAUAAAGAUAGAUAUGACGUAAGAUGCGGCGGACUGUCUAUCGAGAGUAUUUCGUUUAAAGACAAGCCUAUUCCUAAACAGCCUGCCAUGAUAAAAAUACUGCCACAAAAUACACCUUCAUCCGACGAUAUCAAUAAAGACAGUGAAGCGGACAGAGAAUUGAACAUUUCAGUAAAUAAUAAUCUAUAUCGGAAAGAUUGUGUCGCAGCACUACGAUGUGGCGAACUGGGUGAUCUCGAUUCUUUGUACUGGCAACAAGUUCCUCGUGUCGAGAAAGAUCCAGGACUUAUUGAUGUUAAGGUGCAUUACGCUGAGCUGAACAACUUCGAUGUCCAGCGAGCUUUGGCUCAGAUACCAAGACUCAAUACUAAAGACCAAGGGUUCGGGAUAAGUUUUAGUGGAAUUACUGAAAGUGGUCAGAAAGUGAUGGGUGUAUUCCCCUCCGGUGGCUCCGUAACUCAACAAAUCACAUCUCGGCCUGAGUUUCUAUGGCCCAUACCGAAGCACUGGAGCCUUGAAGACGCUACCACUGUACCUUUGGCCUACAGCAUUGCUUUCCGUUGCUUGGAUUUUAAAAACAGACUAGAUAAUGCAGCAACAAUACUGGUGCACGGUGGAGCGGGAGCUUUGGGUCAGGCCGUGAUCUCCAUAGCGCUGGCGACGGGGUACCAAGUCUAUACCACUGUCAGUGAUCAGAAAAAGAAGAAAUUCUUAACUAAACUGUUCCCGAACUUACCAGCUGAUCACAUUGGAAACUCGCGGGAUAAUACUUUCAAAGACAUGGUCAUGUUCCACACUCGUGGAAGAGGUUGUGAUCUUGUCAUUUGUUGUGUGAAGGGAGCACUCAAAGACACCUCACUCUCCGCUUGCGCAGAAUACGGCACUACAUUUGAUUUGGCACAAAUACAUUCACAAGAGAAUUAUGAGUUCGGCAUGUACCACUUGACUCGCGCCAGGAACUAUGUAGCUGUUGAUAUAGCUUCCAUCUUCGAUGCGCAGAAUAUUGAAGAGUUUAAAAAAAUAAGAUUACUGAUAGUUGAUAGUAUACGCAAAGGCUACGUGCGCCCGUUGACGCGCGCCACGUACGCGCCGCGUGACGUAUCGCGCGCAUUCCGCCUGCUAGCGACCAGCGGGCAGCGCGGCAGGGUAUUGAUCGAAAUGCAGCACGAGGUACAAAAUAUUCAUCCCAGACAUUGGGAGAAACUUGGAGCCAAAGUAAAGAUAGUUUUUGGUAAUACCAAUAUUGAAGACAUAAUGAACGGAGCCAACGAAGGAAUCUACGUAGUGGCCACUGAUCUCGAGGCUGCUCAUGCCAAGGAUAAUGUUAAUGUAAUGAUACACAAUCUAGACGUUACAUCCAGACAACUUUGUCCAGGACUCAGGUAUUUCACUCUUAUAACGGAGGACGGCUUAGUCGGAAAAAGCACAUGCCAAGCGAGGAAACAAAGCAAUCUCAAUGCUUUAUCAAUACAGAUAAAGUUAAAAACGUGCGAAGAAAAACAAAACAAAAAUGGAACUAUAAUGUGGGGCGAUGCUCUGGAUGCACUCGAAAUAGCUCUACUAUCAAAUGAGACCUUCGUAGUUGUGAAUUUAAUGGAGCAAACUCAAAGAGACGUGUUGCAAGAAGUUGCAAAGAUAACAGGUGUUACUUUGACAAGUUCAACUGACGGCAAAAAGACGCUUCAAGAGAUCGGUAUAAACUAUGACAAUGAACUCGAGUUAAACGAUCUUCUGGCAAACAAAUUCAACUUUACCAAAGACUUCCUUCCUUAUAUGACUGUGGAACAGUUAAAGAAUCUCAAUGACCAAUGUACUGGUGUAGAUAACAGGUCAUGUUUCGCCGGAUACUUCUCGACUGACAAAGGCGACGAGACCCUCAUCAAUGCUGACAUGGUGUUCAUGCCGACGCUCACACACACGCCACAAAUGUUACCGGACGAAUACGAGCCGGACGAGACGUUCCUGUGCAUAGUGCCGGGCAUGGAGAACAACUACGAGAGGUUCCGCGCCCUGUGCGAGCUGCUGAAGCUGCCGGCGGUCGUGCUGCACUACGACAUGGACCAUCAACGGGAAAACAUUCAACAAAUAGCUCAACGACUUGUUAAUUCAAUAGAAGCACAACCGUCAACAUCUCAAGAUGAAUCUUAUUUACAGCCUGUACCUUCAGAAUCUUCCACGACACCUCAGCCGACUCCAAUUUCUGACUCAAUAGGUCUACAAUCUUCACCUCUUCAAGAUUUUUCUGGUGUUUCUGAACCGGAUGUUAGUGAUAAUAAUAUUGUAACUCAGGACGUGAUAAUGAAAAAGUUGACGAUAUACAAAGAUUUCUAUCUGCUUGGCUAUGAGUUCGGCAUUCCAGUUGUUUUGGAAAUGGCAGCAAUAUUGGAAAGCUACGGGUUAAGCGGUACAGUGAUCUGUUUAGGUGGAACACCAAAUGAAAUUCAAGCAGACUUGGAAAACAAUCUUCACGGUUUAACAGAAGAUACAUUGCAAAUAAAGCUACUCAAACACUUUCACACCUUGUUCCUGGGCAAGAACAUUCCAGAAAUUGAGGAAAAUUUGUUAAAGAUACCACAUUACUCUGACAAAGUGAAGUUUUGCGUGGACAGUCUUCGUGCCAUGGUGGCCAACUUCAAUGAAGAAGUAGAGAUGGCUGGGAGCCACAACCACUCUGACGCUAGAGUACCAUUUAACCGCGUCGUAAUUAGUGGCAUGUCGGCGCUCAUGCCGGGAUGUACGGACCUCGAUGAGUUUAAUAAGAAACUUUAUAACAAGGAAAAUUUUGUUACUGAUCAAAAUCCCCUUUGGCAAAGUAACCACCCUGAAGUGAACCCGUACCGAGGGUCAAUACCGGGUUUGGACCGUUUUGACGCACAGUACUUUAUGAUACAUUACCGGCUGGCUCAGACCUGUGACUCCACGAGCAGGAAAAUACUUGAACAAGCUUAUCAGGCUAUCAUUGAUGCAGGUGUGAGCCCUUCGGACCUGUCGGGCAAGCGUAUUGGUGUCUUCAUCGGUAAUGGUUUCGAUGAGACGUUCAAACUACUUUAUGUAUUCAAUGAAAAAGGAUAUUCUGCGUUGCUAGGAACUAGCAAGGCUAUGAUAGCAAAUCGUAUAUCGUACUGGCUAAACCUGAAAGGACCAUCGUUCCCGAUAGAUGCAUCUUGCUGCAGCUCGAUCGUAGCACUGCAGAUGGCGCGCGAGGCCAUUGCUUAUGGCCACUGCGACGCUGCGAUUAUUGGCGGCUCUCGAAUUAUGCUGCAACCUCACAUUUACAUACAUCGUAACAGGUUAAACCCAAUGAGCCCCGAUGGUAAAAGUAAGUGCUACGACGUAAAUGCUGAAGGUUUCAUAGAAUCUGAAAAUGUCAGCGUGCUGUUCCUGCAGAAGUAUGAAGAUGCAAAAAGAAUCUACGCCGAGGUCUGUCAUGUGAAAUCAGAUUUUUGUUACGAUACUAUCGGAAAAUACCGGGACCCUGCCAAGUGGGCGAAAAAAUUGGAAAAGUUCUACGAAGAAGCAGGAGUAUCACCAUCGUCUGUGGAGUACGUCGAGGGGUGCGGAGCAGCUGAUCCUGUGGUUGACAAAGCGGAAUUGGAAUCCCUAGAGCAAGUGUUCUGCAAGGACCGCAAGAAACCACUCCUCGUUGGUAGUGUCGUAUCUAAUAUAGGUUCCACUGGUGAAACAUCGGGAUUGUGCGGAGUUAUCAAGCUGCUACUGGCUUACCACAGAGGAGAGCUAGCAGCGAACCUGCACUGCGACAAUCCACGCAAGGACGUGCCAGCUCUGCAAGAUGGCCGCAUGCAGAUAGUGACAGAACACGCCCCAUUCGCUCGGACAUACACUGCUCUCAAUAACUUCGCCAUCACCGGCAUGAAUUCCCAUUUGUUACUUAAAGGACAUUACAAGGAGAAGGAUGUGACCCGUUACCAAAGUUCAAUUCCGAGGCUCGUAUUAGCCUCGGGAAGACAAGAGUCAGGAGUACAGAAAAUACUUGAUCAUAUAAAGUCGAAGGAACUGGAUCCUGAAGAAAUAGUAUUGUACCAUGAAAUACAUAAGUCGAAGAUAUCGAACCAUAUGGCACGAGGGUUUGCUGUAUACGAAACCAAAGAAAAUAAAACUGUGACGCUCAGCGAAAAGACGAAAUAUUACGACACCGUAGUCCGUCCUCUAUGGUUCGUGUACAGCGGUAUGGGCUCCCAGUGGGCCGGUAUGGGUGAACAACUCAUGCGCAUACCGAUAUUCGCAGCCGCUAUCGAGAGAUGCGACAGAGUACUGAAGCCGAAAGGGUUGGACAUAGUGGACAUUAUCAGCAACCCCGACAAGUCCAUGUUCGACAAUAUACUGAACAGCUUCGUCGGUAUCGCGGCCAUACAGAUCGGGCUCACCGACAUCUUGCGGGCUGUUGGCCUGGUACCUGACAAUGUCAUCGGUCACAGUGUUGGGGAGUUAGGUUGUGCCUACGCAGAUGGUUGUGUUACCGCUGAAGAGAUGAUCCUGUUGUCGUACAACAGAGGAAUCGUUUCCACGACGACGGAAUUCACGAGAGGAACUAUGGCUGCUGUUGGGAUGGGAUUCAAACAGAUCUCGAAGAUUUGCCCACCUGAGAUCGACGUAGCUUGUCAUAAUGGCCCCGAGUCUUGCACGAUUUCCGGACCCAAGGAUGUUAUGAGUACAUUUGUCAACGAACUGACUGCCCGUGGCGUUUUUGCUAAAGAAGUUCAAAGUUCGAACAUUGCCUACCAUUCUCGCUAUGUGGCCCAAGCAGGACCUAAGCUUCUGGAGCAGACUAGAGACGUAAUCAAAGAACCAAAACUCCGCAGUAAGCGCUGGAUAUCAACAUCUGUCGAGCAGAGUCGUUGGGAUGAACCCGAGGCUCAGUAUUCGACACCGGCCUACCACGUCAAUAAUAUGAUGAGUCCGGUUCUAUUCGAGGAGGGAUUGAGACAUGUGCCAAAUGACGCAGUGCUAAUAGAGAUAGCGCCACAUGGUCUGAUGCAGGCUAUUCUGAAACGUUCUUUGGCUUCGACCUGUACUAACGUGGCUCUCACUAGGCGUGGUCAUCCAGAUAAUGUGUUGCUUCUUCUUGAAGCUUUAGGGACGCUUUACAUGGAAGGUUACGAUAUGGACAUCAGUGUCUUAUAUCCAAAGAUCGAGUUUCCAGUGUCCACGCAAACUGGGAUGUUGUCGCAUUUAGUGGAAUGGGUACACUCUGAAAAAUGGCAUCUCAGUGCGUAUGACUUUCCAAAAACGGAUUACAUGGCGGUAUACAAACCUUUGGUCACGAAAUACAACGAAGAGUACAAGUUCUUGGAAGGAAGUGUAGUAGAAGGUAUCAAGGUGUUCCCGCUAGCUCAGGCACUAAUAUUUGUAUGGGACACGCUCUCCAUGAUCACAGAGAAGCCUGUGCGAGAAACGUCGGUAAAGUUCCAUAAAAUAGUGUACCACAAACAACCGGUGUGGCGCGACAGCCAAGUGUUCAAACUUGUGGUCAUGCUGCACAGAGGCAGCGGACGAUUUGAGGUAUCACAUGAAAAUGUGGUAUUAGUAGAAGGAUUUAUUCAGCAAGGGAGCACCAAUAAUGAUGUCCCGGUAGCGGACCAAAGUGAUGCAACUAUACUGGACAGCUCGAAUGUAUACAAGCUGCUGUUUGAGAGAGGUUAUGAAUACAAAAACGACUUUCGAGUCAUUCACAGUUCAAACAAAUCCUUUACUAAAGCCCAAUUAAUUUGGCGAAACAAUUGGGUGACGUUUAUUGACGGGGCUCUUCAAUUAUGCACCUUAAGACAGAACCAUAAGGGUAUUUCUCAACCGCAGUACAUCAAUUGCAUCAGCAUUGAUGUCCGUACUCAUAUGUGUGCGUCCAGCGCUAAGGAUUGUGCGGAUGAUAAGAUACUUGAUGCUGUUCUUACUGAAGAUAGAUGUGAUAUCAGAUGCGGUGGGCUAAAAAUUGAACAAGUAUCGUUCAAAAACAGACCUAUUGUUAAACAAUCUGUGACCAUGCAAUCCUUGAAGUUGGUUCCAGUUACAAAUAACAUUGGAGAAAAUGCAUGUAGCGUGGAGAAGGCCGUACUGCUAAAUAAACAAUAUUCCAAAGAAGGUGUCGCAGCACUAAGGUGUGGACAACUGGGUGAUGUCAAUACGAUGUACUGGGCACAAGUUCCUGACGUCGAGAAACAGCCGGGACAUAUUCACGUCAAGGUGCAUUACGCUGAGCUGAAUAACUACGAUGCUCAGCGAGCUCUAGCUAGGAUACCAGUAAAUAACGCUCGCGAUCAAGGAUUUGGAAUGAGUUUUAGUGGAAUUACUGAAUGGUAUAGGUCGGCAAACGAGCAAACCGAUUACCUGAUGGUAAGCAAUCGGCACCACCCAUGGACACCUCGAAACACCAAAGGAGUUACGAGUGCGUUGCCGGCCUUAAAGGUUUCGGAUAUUUCGGAAUUGGGAAGCGGUCAGAAAGUGAUGGGUAUAUCUCCAUCGGAGGGUAGUGUAUCCCAACGGAUAGUGUCUCGACCGGAGUUCCUGUGGCCAGUGCCAGAGCACUGGAGCUUAGAAGAUGCUGCCACAGUACCGCUAGCCUACAGCAUCGCAUUUUAUUGCUUGAAUCAUAAAACCAGAUUGGAUCAGGAAUCAACAAUACUGGUACACGGUGGUGCGGGAGCCUUAGGUCAGGCCGUGAUCUCCAUAGCGCUGGCCACGGGCUACCAAGUCUUUACUACCGUCAGUGAUCAGAAAAAGAAGAAAUUCCUAACUAAUCUGUUCCCGAACUUACCAGCUGAUCACAUCGGAAACUCUCGCGAUGAGACUUUCAGAGACAUGGUCAUGGUCCACACCCGGGGAAAAGGUGCUGAUGUCGUCAUAAGUUGUGUUAAAGGAUACCUCAAAAAUGCCUCACUCUCCGCUUGCGCAGAAUACGGCACUACAUUUGACUUGGCACAAAUACAUUCACAAGAGAAUUAUGAGUUCGGAAUGUACCACAUGACUCGCGCCAGGAACUAUGUAGCUGUUGAUAUAGCUUCCAUCUUCGAUGCGCAGAAUAUUGAAGAGUUUAAGAAAAUAAAACUCUUGAUAGCUAGAGGUAUAAACAAGGGUUACGUGCGCCCGCUGACGCGCGUCACAUACGCUCCACGCGACGUGUCGCGCGCGUUCCAACUGCUAGCGGCCAACAGACAGCGCGGCAGAGUGCUGAUUGAUAUGCAGUGUGAGGCUCUUAGAGCUGAGUCCAGAAUUUCGUUGUCCAACGAUACGUGUCAAGUGGUGAUUGGUGGUGAAGAUGGAUUUGUUUGCAAUCUAGCAAACAUGUUGGUUGAGCGGGGAGCUAGGAAGUUGUAUCUGCACAUGCCAAAGAUUUCCGAAUAUUGUUUGAUCAAAAAGGAGCAAUGGGAGAAACUUGGAGCGAAAGUAAAAAUUGUUUCGGAUAACACUAACACAAAACAAAAUAUUGAAGCAAUUAUAAAAGAGGCCAAAUCUCUAGGACAUGUUGAAGGAAUCUAUGUAGUGGCCACUGAUCUCGAAGCGCCUGAUGCCAAGGAUAAAGUUUAUGCAACGAUCCGCAAUAUCGACGAUGUAUCCAGAAGACUAUGUCCUGAGCUCAUAUAUUUCGCUAUUGUAACAGAAGACGGUUCCAUCGGCCGUAGCGUAUGCCAGUCGAGGAAACAAGACAAUCUGAUUUCUCUAGUAAUGCAGAUAAAGCUGAAAAAGUUUGAAGAUUUUGAAGAUGAAGGAGCUAUAAUGUGGGGCGAUGCUCUGGAUGCUCUCGAAACAGCUCUGCUAUCCAAUGAGACCUUCGUAGUUGUGAAUUUGAUAGAUCAAACACAAAAAGACGUCUUGCAAGAAGUGGCCAAGAUACCAGGUGUUACAUUAACUAGUUCAACUGAUGAAAGUUUGAUGCUGCAAGAGAUCGGCAUCGACCAAACCAACGAACAGGUGUUGUGCAAUCUCCUAGCAGAUCAAUUCAACUUCAAUAUUCCGAAAGAUUUAGUUUCUUACAUGACUGUGAAACAGUUAAAAACUCUCAAUAAGCAAAUGGCUGGUGUAGAUAACACGUCUUGUUUCGCCGGAUACUUCUCGACUGACAAAGGCGACGAGACCCUCAUCAAUGCUGACAUGGUGUUCAUGCCGACGCUCACACACACGCCACAAAUGUUACCGGACGAAUACGAGCCGGUCGAGACGUUCCUGUGCAUAGUGCCGGGCAUGGAGAACAACUACGAGAGGUUCCGCGCCCUGUGCGAGCUGCUGAAGCUGCCGGCGGUCGUGCUGCACUACGACAUGGACCAUCAACCGGAAAACAUUCAACAAAUAGCUCAACGACUUGUUAAUGUGCUGAUGAAAAAGUUAAAGAUGCAAAAAGAGUUCUACCUCCUGGGCUACGAGUUCGGUAUUCCCGUUGUUAUUGAAAUGGCAGCAAUAUUGGAAAGUUACGGACUAAGCGGCACAGUGUUCUGCUUAGGAGGAACACCAACUGAAAUCCGUAAUGACUUAGAACAUAAACUCCAAGGUAUGCCAGAAGAGAGAUUGCAAAUUACGCUGCUCAAACACCUGCACUCCUUGCUACUGGGCAAGAACAUUCCAGAAAUUGAGGAAAGAUUGUCCGAAUUACCACUAUACUCUGAAAAAGUGAAAUUCUGCGUGGACAAUCUACGUGGACGAGUAUCUUAUAAAGGUCAAUACUUAGAAACUUUAAUGGAAGCAGCGUAUUCAAAGAUCAAUGUCCUGCGAAACUUUGAUCCAGAAAUCAAAACUCUGAAAGCCAAAAUCGUCAUCCUUCGAGCCCAACUUUCCCAAGAGCUACCUACUGAUGAAACCAUGGAACUCUCUCAACAAAACUUUAUCAUUCAUGAGCUUGAUGCAACGCUUGGAGACGUUCCUCAUCAUUUAAAGUGUCCAUCAAUAAUCAACGACAGUUUGGGUGAAGACAUUUUAACCAGGUUCAACAAAAGGAACCACUGCGUCACAUACAAUUUAAGUGUAUAAAAUGUUCGGUUCCUUAAAGAACUAUUACAACGCUGCGGUAC